CUGGGCUCCGCAUCCCCGCUUUGGUAAUCCGCCUUCCUGCUUUCGCCACCCUUGUCCGGUGUGCCCGCGCCGGCGCCUCCACCUUCGCGCAUCUGGGUCCCCGCGAGCGGCGCGCGCUCCAUCGCCUCUCCAGAGGCAGCUGAGAGGCAGAGGGCGGGGAGGCUAAGCAGCCGGCCUUAGAAAUGUCAGACAUCCUCCGGGAGCUGCUCCGCGUCUCCGAGAAGGCUGCUAACAUUGCCAGGGCCUGCCGGCAGCAGGAGGCCCUCUUCCAGCUGCUCAUCCAGGAGAAGAAAGAUGCAGAGAAGAACAAGAAGUUCACUGCAGAUUUCAAGACUCUGGCGGAUGUGCUGGUGCAGGAAGUCAUAAAACACAACAUGGAGAACAAGUUUCCAGGCUUGGGGAACAAAAUUUUUGGAGAAGAAUCCAAUGAGUUUACAAAUGACUUGGGGGAGAAGAUCACAGUGGAAAUGAAGUCCACAGAAGAGGACACAGCAGAGCUCCUCCUCAGAGUCCUCGACGGAAAUGUACUGGCUUCUGAAGCUCUGGCGAAGGUGGUCCAUCAGGACGUGGACUUAACUGACCCCACUCUGGAGUCCCUGGAGAUCAGGAUCCCGCAGGACAUUCUUGGGAUUUGGGUGGAUCCCAUAGAUUCCACCUAUCAGUAUAUUAAAGGUUCUACCAAUGUUAAAUCCAACCAAGGAGUUUUCCCCAGUGGACUUCAGUGUGUGACCAUUUUAAUUGGCGUCUAUGACAUACAGACAGGCAUGCCGCUGAUGGGAGUCAUCAAUCAGCCUUUUGUGUCUCAAAACCUAACUACUCUAAGGUGGAAGGGACAGUGCUUCUGGGGCCUUUCUUACAUGGGGACCAACAUCCAUUCCCUGCAGCUCGCCAUCUCUCAAAGGAACGAUGGAGAAGCCCAGACUGAAAACUCAGACAGUGAGGUCUCCCGCCCCUUUUCUGCCGUCAUCAGUACAAGUGAAAAAGAGACCAUCAAAGCCGCGCUGUCGCGUGUGUGCGGAGGUAGUGUCUUCCCUGCUGCCGGAGCUGGUUACAAGAGUCUCUGUGUAGUUCAGGGCCUGGCCGACAUUUACAUCUUCUCAGAGGACACCACGUACAAGUGGGAUUCCUGUGCUGCUCACGCCAUUUUGAGGGCCAUGGGCGGGGGCAUCGUAGACAUGAAAGAGUGCUUGGAGAGAAGUCCAGAAACGGGGCUGGAUUUGCCACAGUUGCUGUAUCACAUGGAAAACAAAGGUGCCUCUGGGGUGGAUCUCUGGGCCAACAAGGGAGGACUGAUAGCUUACAGGUCCAGGAGCCGGCUGGACACCUUCCUGCGCUGCCUCAUUCAAAACCUCGGGCCUUUGAAGACGCAAACAUAGGACUCUGACCUCAGCAAGCCCUUACGCCAAACUGAACCCUUUCCUGUUAUCUUUAUCUCUCGAAGAUAGUUUUGUCCAUUUGUUAAUAUUUACCUUCUUCUUUGGAGGAACAUUUUGCCAUAUGUGUUCAUAAUGUUAAUUUCAGUAAAUUAAUGACAUUCAUGUCAUAAUUAAGUUGGUAUAUGAUAUUAUUAUAGUGAGCAUUGUACUGUUAAUGUUACCUGGAACCCUUCAAUAAAAUACUAAAGGGGAAGCAAGAA